CAGGGGAGCAACUUGAGAGAGCUGCAUACGCAAGGGAGAAAAUGGUGAAGAUAUCAAGAGAUUCGGAUGUCCUCGAACCGGGAACUGCUGUGUUAUUGCGUAAUCGGGCAAUUGGCGGGAAUAAAAUUCAGGAUGCCUGGAGCGAACAUGAGUAUGUUGUGUUACGACGUAUUGACCCUGAAAAGCAUGUCUAUGAAGUCUACCGUAAGGAUACUCCUGAUGACAGACGGAUUGUGAAUAGGGUACACCUUAGGAUCAAACCAAGAACAUCCGAUACUGUGACACAACUGGCCAGAAACCAUGUAGACAGACAGAACUCUGUAACGCAAGUGUGCAAUCGUGUUGAUAGUGAUGGUUCUAGUGACAGCUCAUAUGACGAUGAAUUCCUGAUGAUGAAUGAUUCUGUUGUAUCUGUACCUUCGCUUGCAAGACCUCGUCGAAGUACUCGUGUUACAGCAGGGAAGCACGAUCGAUAAAACAACCAAAUGCAAAUAGAUCUGUCGGUUUUUCGUUUAGUCGUCUUUUCGACACAAAGUAACGAAAGACAACAAGGGCACAAACAAACCAUCGUAGCCGCUAGCUAAAUCAGGUAGCCGCCAAAUAAUUAUACGGAACCCGCCAGAUAAUUAUGCGGGGACCGCCAGAUAAUUAUACGGAGAACGUCAGAUAAUUAUACGGAGACUGUCAGAUAAUUAUACGGAGACCGCCAGAUAAUUAUAUGGAGACCACCAGAUAAUGAUUAGGGAACGCAAGUUGAUUAUCGGCAAAAGCCCAGUAAUUAUAGGGCGGUUGCCACACAAGCAACGGUUGCCAGAUGAUAAACCAAUGACAGCCGCCGGAUAGCAAGUGGCAGCCGCUAGAUGUAUGGCUAGCUACCGCCAGAUGUAUGGCUAGCUGCCGCCAGACAAUUCAACGGUCAGAUACAAUAUUUCUCAAACAUGACAAUAACGGGGAAAUGUGAUCUAUGUAUGUGUGAAUUUUUUUUUAUGAAUUGUUUUCACGAUGAAUAACAAUAAAAGACCCAAAAAAA